AUGGAUGAUGACGAACUACUAUUAGAUGAUCACAGUGUUAACAAAUCUUAUGCCGAAAAUGUUAAUCAACGAUCUAUUGAAUCAAUUCAUGAAUGGUUUAUAUGGUCUUAUUUAAACAUACUUUGUGGUGGUUUUAUAGCUACUGGAUGUUCUUUUCGAACACUUAGAUUUACACAGCAACACAAUUAUUCAGAAGCGUGGUCUUAUUUAAAUAUAUUUUUUUGUGGUGUUACUCCAGGUUUUAUAGCUAUUGGAUGUUCCCUGCGAACGCUUAGAUUUAAACAGCAACAAAAUUAUCAAAAAGCAUAUAAAUGGUCUUAUAUUACAUUAUUUGUUAAUUGUAUAACAACGUUAAAUGCAUUAGCUUAUAUCGGAUACCUUAUAUUGCAAUACCAAAAUAUAUAA